AACGGAAUGGAUUUCAGGCAGAACCGCCACAGAUCGUUUUUUCCAGCCAGCGCAGUCUUGGCCGGGUACGCAGGUAGGAUCACACUUCACUGCAUGACUGGUGUGUUUUCUAACUGCCGCCCUGCUUCUUGUGUAGUUGUGCUCGAAAUCCCUUCGUCUCACUUUAUGAGGCAAGGGAACUCACCUUUCCAUCUCCUAAGACACGGCCUUUCCACCAACGAGCCAGUCUUGAACGGAAAGCCGGAGAACCAUGGCGUGGUUUCACUUGACUUUCAUCAGCUUCCUAUGUGUUGUAAGCUUGGUCAGAUGUCAGUCUCAAUCCUGCACUCGCCCCGCUUUUCCGGAUACAAGUAAUGUGAGGACAUUCCUUGAUGGAACAGCCAGUGGUAGCAAAGAUCACCUCCGCUAUGUGGCAAGUCUCUUCCAGCAGAUGAGUAGUGCACAAGCAAACUGCUCGGCCGAUGCCAGCAGGACACGAUCUACCUUCACCACCAUUCCUAACCGUGUGUUUGCUGAUGGUCUUCAAAGCAGAGUUUUUGAACAGCAGGAAGUGUUCUCCGUCAGUAACGCACAGCUCCUCAACAAUUUACUUUUGUCUGCUCCGCCAACUGUCAACACUGCUAGGUCAGCUAAACAAUCUUACUGCUUUGCUGAGAGUAGUGGCCAAUGUACUGAUUGCAACAUCUGGCAAAACGACUUGUACUUCAAUUCUCAUCUGAGAGUUACGCUGGAAUCUAGACCUGAUGCAACUGCAGUUGGUACCUGCUUCAAAACAGGGCCAACUACCAUGGACUGCCGAGAGGCAACAGCUGUUGCGUCCAAGAACAUAUCUAUCAGCCGCCAGUCAAGUGUGAACACUGGUUCAUGCAGUGAAUCAUGGAAGUGGCAAAAGCCAUUGGACAUCUUCAAUGCUCAACAAGCAAACGGUAGCUUUAGCAAGUCAAGCAUGACAAAUAUAGUCAGUGAUGUUUAUCAACGUAAUCAAACCGUGUAUUAUGUGACCCGAAACACCUCUGCGUGGAGCAAUGUUAUCUCUCAGUGUUAUGAGGACGGUAGGACUGAAUGGGUCCAUAUCCACACUGUUCCUGUUAUAGCGAAUUGCACAAAACGUCUUGCAUCUGCUCAGCUUUGCACCACAGCUGAGGUGGGCAAACUUGUGAUGGUGGGCUCCUCUUGGACAGCCUUUUCUCUACGCACAGCAUACAACUUGACACAGUGUCCAGCUAGCAGCAGUGGGCCUCAAAAUGAUGUGUUCAUUGGAUCAGCGGCAUGCGGCCAGGCUAAUGUUGCUGGUAAUGUGACCGAGUUGUUGCAGUGUGUGAACCGUCCCAGUGGAUUCCAGCCAAACAGUUAUGCCUGUAGUUGUCCUGGUGCCAGGCAUCUGGUUGAUUCGCAAGAGUCGAAUACGGUUGUUUUGUCUGGACAACGAGUCUCCUACCUUGGCAGUCACAUAGCGUCGCGCGUCGGAUCUGAUGUGAAGCAGAUCAGUGUCAGCACAUGCCGGGCAUGUCAGCCCGGCUGCCGUAGCUGUAGCGAUGACUCCGCAUGCCUGCGCCAUGAGGAUCAGGGACUGCGUGUCCCCAUUCUCAUCAUCAACGUGAUUGCGUUGGUUGUCAUCCUGGUCUUGGCCGUCUCCAUUCACGGCUCUCUGCAAUCCUCUAUCAUCCAAUCGGCUGCACCAUCUUACCUGAUGACUAUUCUGGCCGGCGGCAUAUUCGCUAGCCUUGAAUCGUUUGUCCUGUUUCCUCGUCUCAAUAGCGCCGUCUGCGCAAUCCAGCCCUGGCCCCGUCACCUUGCUUUCAUCGUCAUGUUUGGCUUCCUGUUCGGCAAGGUCUGGCGCGUGCAGAUCCUGGCCAGGUUGCCCCCGGGUCGAAUCCAAAUCACUGCUCUCGAUGCCAGCAUUCAUCGCUUUGUGGCAUUCCUGAUCGGCGUGGUGUGUCUGUAUCUGACCCUCUGGUCUGCCAUUGCACAGUCUACUAUUGAGAUUGUGUACGAUGAUCUGGACAAGAGUUACACGAGGUGCUCGGUGGACUACUGGCGCUACAUCAUUCAUGGAGCGGAGUUCCUCUUUCUGCUGGCGGGCUGCAUUGUCACGCAGCUAACCCGGCGCCUUGUCCUGGAGUGGACUGAGUUCAAGUUCCUGCUGGGCGCCUUUGCCAAUGCGGCCGUCAUCAAAGGUCUGAUCGCCGUCUUCUACUUCACCCUGAUGCCCAACAAGUACUCUGACUACCUCUACCUGCUGCAGUUCUUUGACAACUUCUUCACCGUCAACCUGUCGCUCAUCAUCUUGUUUGGCCACAAGGUGUACAUGAUUCUGCGUCACAAGGAUGAUCGUGCAAUCGGCCCGACGGUUCCCACCAAAUUAUCGCGCAAGGAGUCAAGCCAAGACAUGACCUCCAUGCAGGAGGUGGCACUCCAGCAGAUUGCUGAAUCUGACCCCAACAAUAAGCGUCCAGCCCUCAGCUUUGGCGUGCUUGACAUCAUGUGCGGCUGUUUCUACGGCUCGCUGAAUUCCGAAUGGACAAACGACUACUAUGGUGCCAAAGAGAAAAGGAAGGGCGCUGGCAGCCAAAUGGUUUCCCAGGGCGAAGAGACAAUCAGCACACCUGAUACAAGUGCAACAACUAAUAAAGACAACAACAACAACAGUAGUAAGGAAGGCUCUGAUGACAAUGGCCUGCCUUAUAUGGGUGACCCCAACUGAGUUUGGCAUAGUGUUUGCCUCGCUUUCAAAUUAGACUUCUUAUCUUAAAAUGUUCUCUUCUUGAGAAUUUCCCGCUUGUUGGUCGUUUGCGCUAAGAGUGUGCUUACGGCCAUCUUGCCAGCAUAGGCAUAAUGAUGGUUUUAAUUUAUUUUCUCUACUGUGGGAUUCUCUCUCUAUCUUUCUCUCUCCUCUCCCACAUGCUUAUUUAGCAAUGCUGUCACCCAUGCAUGUGUACAUAGAGUGUCCUUAUUUUUUUUCCUAAUUGGCCAUUUCCCUGGACUUGUGAAUCGACAACAUAAUGUGUUACUGUCCCUGUCCGUGCCCGAGUCUUUCUCAUCCCUGUUCCUACUAGUAGGGCAAAGUGUUUGUACAUACCGGUAGAGGCUAUCAUCAUGUGCUCUUCACGUCAGGUGUUCUUUUCUUUUUAAUUCACACGCAGUCUAGUCUCCCCUAGUUAUACUGUGAUCGAUAUUGUACCGGUGCUCACAUUUUCUCCUUUUCUGUUGUCUUUCUCGGCAUUGUGUUGCGGAGCUUCCUGUGGUCAUUCCCUCAGUUCUUCUUUCUCUGUCAAUGAUUGGAAUGGUGCCAUGUUUGUUUGUCCUUCUCAAGUACUAUGCUUGCAUCGUUGAGCUAGAGCUGCACAAUGUAGUUUUGUCGUAAUCAUUAUGCAGCUCCAACUGUUUGUGCUUGCGCAUACGAGCAUGAUGAUUGUGUUGUUUGUGCGAUGGUCUUCGCUCUGGUUGUACAAAUAGUUAUUUUGCUUCGGCUGUGCUUAUGAUCACAUUAUUAAUCUUUUUUAUUCUUAUUUUGUUUUGGUCUCGAACGGCCUGUUUCAUGGGCAAAAUAGACUCAACCGAUGUGAAAAAUAAAGGUCCACCCUUCGU